CCCUCACCCUACCGAGCCGUAUGAUUUGGCUGUAUCACACCUAUUAUCACUUUCGUUAUAUUUCGUACUUUUUAUACUCGAAUCAGGCAAUCAGUUCGCGAUUCUGGACUACAGAGCAUAACUUAAACGAGAUUGAAUAGAUCCAUGGCCGAAGCUCUUCGAGUCCAAAGGCUAUUUUUCAUUUUCUGCCUUCUUGUGGGCUUUGUUAUUUCUUCAUUUCCAUUUUCUGUCCUCGCUAAAUCUGGUCGACCGAUCUCUCAGGAUAAUGAGAUCAGAGAGAGAAAAAAAGCUUGUUAUGACGAUAUUGAAAGUGGGUUGUGGGGGUGGGAGUGCAAGUCAUCGAUGAUAGCGAAGGAGAAUUGUGCCAUUCGGUGUCUCUCUCCUCCUUGUUACGAGCUCGUAUAUGAAAGUGAUCCGCUCGAGGAAGGAGAGAAAGAUUUCAUAAGAAGCCAAGAGUACAAGUACUGCAUGCACAAGUUAUACUAUCAAUUUGAAGGUUAUCGAUGGGAGAGACCUUAGAGGGUGUUAAAGGGGCAUUUGAUUAUUAGAAGAAAUGAAGAAGGCAGAAUGUUGGAUUAUUUUUUUCUUCAACGAACUCUAUCUUGUAUAUUGAUGUAAUAAUGUGUAAAAAUAGAGAAAGUUACUAUUUCAGCUCUUUUGCCACUCUCUUUGGGGUUUUCUGAACCUCUUUUUUUUUCUUCUUGUAUGUGAGAGCAAGGAUUUGUUUUGCUGUAACCAAGCCGUUGUUACCUUCUGCUUA